AUGUUUAACUUGAAAACUGUGGAAGAAUUAUUUAGAAAAGAAGCAGAUUCUACUACUCUUGAUAUGUUUAGUGACGUUUGGAGAAAGACGCGAGAAAAUGAGGAAAAAUAUAUUCAACUGGAACCAAAAGUGGAUAAUAUCACUGACUCAUUUAUAAUAACACUAGGAAAUUCUGACGGCGAAACAUCAAGUUCUUCGAGCGAUGAAAGUUUGAGUGGGGUAGAAGAUUUAAUUUACGAUUCUGAUUAA